AGGAAAGCAAUCAAAGCUGCUGCUGAGCACUGAAAGAUCUGAAGUGAUCGAGGAAUUCAUUCAAAACAAUGGAAGGCGAAUGCAAGGUAGAGCUGGACACCAUGGUCGCCACAGAACCCGGGAAACAAUCAUCACAGGGCUUCAGACUAAGCUCAAAGCUAACCACAGCCCUGCUGACAUUCACACUUUGCCUUGCUGCUGCUCUAAUCAUUUUCGACAGGCAUGCUAAGGUUUCUGGACAAGAUAAAGACAAGAAUGGUGAUGAUCUUCGUCACACACUGAGGCAAAUUUCUAAUGUAAGAGCUGCCAUUCAUCUGGAAGGAGAAUACAACCCUAACAGAACUGACUCAGUGGAAUGGAAGGCUCAGGUGGAUCAGGCCCAUUCUCAAGGAGGACUACAACUCAAUGACAAUGAGAUCGUGAUUCCUCAAGAUGGCCUCUAUUUUGUUUACAGUCAAGCAUCUUUUCGGGUCAGCUGUAGCAGUGACAAUAAGGACAUGACCUCAAAUCCUAUGGUCCAUCUGAGCCACACUGUGAAGCGCUGGUCCAGUUUAUUUGGAAAUGACAAGUCUGAAGAGUCUUAUCACACCAUCCUGUACUCUGCCCGUACGGCUUGUCAGAAGACAGUCAGCAGUGAUUCAAAUGACGAGAGCUGGUUCUCAGCCGUUUACAUGGGAGCUGCUUUCAACUUGAAGAAAGGGGACCAAUUGAAGACCGUCAUGGAGGAGAACAUGCUGAAGAAACUUGAGGACGAACCAGGGAAGACCUUCUUUGGUGUGUUUGCCUUGUGAAGACAGGGGACUGGAGGCAUAAAUGUACAAGUAGAAGAGGAACCAUUUGACACCACUGUAGAUCCACUGUGGCCUGCAGCCUGCUGUCCUACUACAACUCAUUAUGAUUUACACCCAAACUUUAAAUGAUUGUAUUAGCAGGCUGUUGAACUGCAGCCAUGAACACCUUAGCUAUAUGUCAUACUAUGUACUUUCUACUCUCUACUUUGUUGUACUACAAAGCUCAGUCUCUACUGUCUUUGAAAUUUGUAUGAAAGUACCGUGACUGCUGCACAUCUAUGAUUCACUACAGACUGACAAAGAUGUAUAGAUAGGAACAUUUCUAAGGAUGUGCCAAUUUAACAGAACAUUAUUUUAUUUAUUUUUAUAUAUUGAAGUAUUUAUUUAUUUAUUUAUUUAUUAUAUUUUUGUGCAUGUGUGUUUCCUGAUUUUUUGUAAUGAAUGCCUCAAACUGUAACUGUGCUGGAUUUUAUACAUAAUUUAUUUAAAUUAUUUGUUUGGGUAUUUAUAUAGAUAAUUAGUUUGUGUUUGUCUGUGUGUUUUGCAAAAUAUCAAUUAAAGAGUCUGUGGUGCCA